CAUUACCAGACAAACCACACGUCCGCCCCAUCCGCAAUGGCCACCACCAAAGCAGAAACGGACAUUAUCCUCAACAAAGCCAACGUGGCUCUGGCCCGGAGUCAACGACUCGUUGCAUCAUGGCUGCCCGCCCCGACAGCAGAGGACCACGCCCACGUGAAGUCAGAAGAAGAGUUACAACGGGAAGAAGAUGAGAUUUUUACCGCGGUCCCAGAGACACUAGGUGUUGGAGCACCGCUUCCCUCAAAAGCGGUGGAUGGUAGCUGGAACCGGACCGAGUUGGAUUCGAAUGAUAAAUUGCGGAAACAGCUCCUGGGGAGGAAUUAUAAGAAGGUCAUGGCGGCUAAGGCGGCGAGUUCAUCUGCCGGCGCCAGCGCAGGCGCAGGUGGUCGGCAGAAUACAUCGUCUGGGGCUGCGAGAGGGGCCCAAGAGGAAGAAGAUGAUGAUGACGAGGAAGAUGGGCGGACGGCGUUGAUAGGGAAGAAGAAGUCUACGGCGUCGAAGAAGCGGAAAGCCGAACCGCAAGUUCAACCGUCAUCGGAGACGGUUAAUGAUCAGGACAGUGAGCCGAAACAAGCCAAUGACAGUGGUGACGGCAGUGAUGACAAGGCCGAUCAGUCGAACAAGCAGACGGGCCCCGCGCUACGGUCCUCGAAGGGGAGGAAAAAGGCCACGAGCUUCCUGGAUGAGCUCUUGGCUGAGCGGGCGAAGAAGCGAAAGAAGAGGUGACCUGGUCGUGUCUACUGCCAGGGACAGUGCCCGAUCGAUGAUAUAACCAAAUGUAUAAUCUCCAGGAU